ACGUCCGUCCAGUCGCCUCAUGCUGCAAUCACAGAUAAAUCCUCGUUAUUGGACGUGUUUCUGCUGGAUACAGAGAGCAGCGAGAAGCCUAUAAAGUGUGCUGCACUGAGAGCCACUGCACCAGUCUGAGGUCCAACAUGGAGAGGUCCCUGACAGUGUGCCUAGUGCUGGGUGCGAUCGCAGCCGCUGCUUGGGCAUCAUUACCCAUAAUGCCAUGGACAGAGGAUGACAUCUCCGCCAUGUCUACCAUCAGCGCUGAUUACUACAACCAAGUGUCCGGGGAAGACGCUGUCUAUAAGCUCCUGGGGAAUAACUCUGGGUAUAUGGAGGAAGAAGAGCCUCGUUACCGGCAGCUACAAUUCAUGAUAAAAGAAACGUCAUGUGAAAAGUCUACCGGCGACACGACUGAGGACUGCGCAUUCAGAGACGACGGGGUGGUUAAAUCCUGCACGGCCUCUUUCUUCAUGGAUAACGGUGGAGAAAUCGCUGGGGUAACCUGUGACGACGUCCAUCUAGAUCACAUACGGGUGAGGAGAUCAGGACGGAGCAGCAGCAGUGGGCGGAGCAGCAGCAGUGGGCGGAGCAGCAGCGGAAGCCAUGGGCGGAGUAGUUCCAGCAGAGCGAGUCACAGUGGCAGCACUGGUCGUGGUGUUAGUGGCCGUGGUGUUAGUGGCCGUGGUGUUAGUGGCCGUGGUGUUAGUGGCCGUGGUGUUAGUGGUCAUGGUGUUAGUGGUCAUGGUGUUAGUGGCCGUGGUGUUAGUAGCGAUGAUGUUAGUGGCCGUGGUGUUAGUGGCCGUGGUGUUAGUAGCCGCGGUGGUAUUCGUCGCCGUGUUAGUAGUAGUCAUGGAGGCAGUGAAGAUAGAAAGAGAAGUCGUGGCUUUAGUAGACAGGGCAGUAGUAACGGGGGUGAAAUGCUUCUUGAUAGACCUGGAUAUAACUCUGUCUUGAGGAACCAAACGAUCCGAUCAAACAAAAAGCUGAAUGGAUAAAAAAAGAAAGUUUUUUUUAAAGGGGCAAUCAUGUACAAGGGUAAACCAUGCCUUGUACAGGAUUGCCCCUUUAAAAAAAUGUCAGUUUGGCCGGCAUUCCGCAUAGCCACUGAACUCGGAUUUCACAACAUCCCGCCCAAAAGCACCAAUCAGCGUCAGCCGCACACUCACAACCAGACAAUUAGAAGAUCAAUGAUCCCCAGGCUGUACCAAACCAACCCAACCAACAUCCGGUCUGUCCUGGGCAUGGCUCCAUGUAGCUCCCAGCUUUCUCAGGCUGGUGUCAUCUCAGCGGUAGCAUCAGAUUGCUCAGCAGAGAAAUGGUGUGGGGAUGAGUAUUCCCCUUCCCCAUCCAGUAUCCUGACCUCCGGAACUGGCAACCAGUAUAUAUUAUUCAUAGAUGCAGGAGACUGUCCUGAGGCAUGUUUGUAAGUAAAGCAAAACAGCAAGUAACUUUGUGUCUGGAACAAACCAUGGCCCUCAUUCCGAGUUGUUCGCUCGCAAGGCGAUUUUAGCAGAGUUACACACGCUAAGCCGCCGCCUACUGGGAGUGAAUCUUAGCUUCUUAAAUGUGCGACCGAUGUAUGCGCAAUAUUGCGAUCACAAACGAGUUAGCAGUUUUAGAGUAGCUUCAGACUUACUCUGCCUGUGCGAUCAGUUCAGUGCUUUUCGUUCCUGGUUGACGUCAUAAACACACCCAGCGUUCGGCCAGGCACUCCCACCGUUUCCCCGGCCACUCCUGCGUUUUUUCCGGAAACGGUAGCGUUUUCAGCCACACGCCCAUAAAACGCUGUGUUUCCGCCCAGUAACACCCAUUUCCUGUCAAUCACAAUGCGAACGUCGGAGCGAUGAAAAAGCCGUGAGUACAAAUACUAUCUUCAUAGUAAAGUUACUUGGCGCAGUCGCAGUGCGGACAUUGCGCAUGCGCACUUAAAGAAUUCUCACUGCGAUGCGAUGAAAAUCUCUGAGCGAACAACUCGGAAUGAGGGCCCAUGUUGCCAUGCAUGGGAGCCAAUACAUGUAUAUUGCAUCUGUGCAGGGCAUGUAGCCCACACGUUACACAGCUUUAUUCUUAUACUGCAAUGUAGAUUUCAGUGUGAACACACCCCACCCUAAUUGAAUCUCUCUGCACAUGUGCCCCCCCCCCGCAGUGCUGCAUGGUUUUGUCCAGUUGCUUGCCUUUUUUGCUUUACUUACAAACAUGAAUCAGCGCUAUGUUUAUGAUGGAAAUGCCGCCAUGAUGUAAUAGUGUCUGACGAGUCACCAGUAACAGCUGUUUGGAUAUAGUAACGCAGGAUAGACAUAAUCUGGGGCAGAAAUAAAACUGUACAAUGUAAUAAAUCUCAGUAACAGAAACAUAAUUACAAAUACGUCUCAAUGUUCUACAUCCCACAGCCUAUAUACUGUAUGUGUACUGCCACUGUGUAUAUAUACUGCUUCAUCUGUAUCACCUCCCAUUGUCUGUUCGGUGCCGCUUACUGUAACGCUGAUCACUAUUACAAUAUAUGGUAAAAGGUCUUCACAA